AUGGCAGACAUCAUCCGAACCCGCCCCGACGGCCACCAAGAGGUCAGGACCGGACUGGGAUGGCGGCGCGUGCAAUCUGAAUCCGAAGCGAGUAGCGAGACGACGCUGCCCAUCAUCGACCUCGGCGACAUGGCCCAUCCGGACAUCAACCGUCGACGAGAGCUGGCCCGCACGGUAUGCGAUGCGGCCAUCAAGUGCGGAUUCUUCUAUAUCCGCAACCACGGCGUGGCCGCCACCAGCGUGGCGUCCAUCCUGCACGAGACGAAGCGCUUCUUCCAUGAGCUGACGCUCGACGAGAAGAUGCAGUACGACACGGAGAAGCACGAGCAUUACUAUGGCUAUUAUCCCAUCAAGCUGGACCCGGACCAGCCAGCGGGAGCAAAACUCAACGAGGGCAUCAACUACGGCUACGAAGCGUGCGCGGACCCCGACGCCGACGCAGAAGCAGACGCAGACGCAGACGCAGACGCAGAAGCAGAAGCAACGACACGGCAGACCAGAAAUAGCCACAACAAUGGCGAUAACUGGUGGCCCUCGGAAACCCGGCUCCCGGGCUACGAAAAAAAUGUCAAGCACUACAUGGGCGAGAUGCUACGGCUGAGCCGGUCGCUGCUGCGCCUGUUCGCGCUCGGGCUCGACCUGGACGAACACUCGCUCGACCAUCUGGCCACGCAGCCGUAUUCCAUCUUGAAAAUGGCCCACUACCCCGGCGAGCUGGCGGGAACCCAGGAGCCGUCGUCGAUCCGGCCGCACACCGACUACGAGCUGCUGACCAUCCUGCUGCAAGACGAGAUCGCCUCGCUCCAAGUCUUGUCCAACACGGGCCGCUGGAUCCAGGCCACUCCGAUCGACGGCACCUUGGUGGUCAACAUCGGUGACUCCUUGUCCAUGCUGACCAACGGCCUGUUCGUAUCGACCAUGCAUCGAGUCUUGAACACGUCCAGACGCGCGCGGUACUCAGUGCCUUUUUUCCUUGGUGCAAACCAAGAGGCCGAACUCCGAGCCCUGGACCGGUUCGUGACACCGGAACAUCCAGCCAAAUUCCAGCCCAUGACAUCGGGAGACUAUAUCCGUCGCUCGCUGCAAGCCGUCUACUCGAAACCAAACUCCGAAAUCGUCUACGACACACUCGAGCUGAGAGCAUAG